GGAUAUAAUGUGGUCGCUUUACGAACACUUGCUCUGCGUAGUUCAACCGCCAUGGCAGUGGCCAUAACUAAGAGCUUGGAUUCUUGUCCCAUUCAUCGCCUUCUUCCUCAAAUUCGUUCACAAUCUACGGCCAACAGAAGAGAAAAUGCUAGCCAAGAAUUGUUCUCUCUUCCAAUUUCAAGAAGGUCUGUGAUUUUGAUCUCCUCGCUACCUCUCGCUCUUGUUUCCGUAUCUCCGUCGUCCGAGGCAAGAGAGAGAAGGAGCAGGAAGACUAUUCCUCUCGAGGACUAUCUCACCAGCCCCAAUGGACUGAAGUACUAUGAUAUCGAGGAGGGAAAGGGUCCUGUGGCUGAGAAGGGUUCCACAGUACAGGUUCACUUUGAUUGCCUCUAUAGAGGGAUUACAGCUGUGUCAAGUCGAGAAUCUAAACUCUUGGCUGGAAAUCGUAUAAUCGCCCAGCCUUAUGAGUUCAAAGUAGGAGCCCCUCCCGGGAAGGAGAGGAAACGUGAUUUUGUGGACAAUCCAAAUGGCCUGUUUUCAGCACAGGCUGCACCUAAACCCCCACCAGCAAUGUACUCCAUAACUGAAGGGAUGAAAGUUGGGGGAAAGCGAACGGUGAUUGUUCCCCCUGAGGCUGGAUAUGGUCAAAAGGGAAUGAAUGAAAUCCCACCUGGAGCUACUUUUGAAUUGAACAUCGAGCUUUUAGAAGUGGUGCAGCCUGAUAAAGGUGGGGCCUGACCUGAUUCGAGAAGCUGAUUUUGAUCCCCCACAGGACAAGAAGUUGAGCAUUAGCUGACUUAGUCCAUUGGAAGGAGGAGGAGAAGCACAUCCUAUUCUUGGGUAGGGGGAGUUUUUCAAUGGAACCUUGAGCGAUUAUUGUCAAUAGAACGAAAAUGUUAAGACCAGUUAUUUUGUAUCGUAUCUUACCCCGACUGACUCAUUGUGACGGUCCUUUAAAAUAUAACAAAAAGAUCCCGCACCAAAUUUCUACUUCGGUC